AUGAAAGCUUCAGCAGCCUUCAGAAGCCUGCGCCUCAGGCAGGCAAGGCUUACACUCUGCAAACCCUCUCUUCGUACAUUCGCGUCGUCCCCUCUUCGCCAUGCAGACCCCUCCAGCUCUUCCGACACCGAAGGCCUCAAUAAAGUAUCACGCAAUAUCACGCAGCCCAAAUCUCAGGGUGCAUCACAGGCAAUGCUCUACGCGACCGGCAUGACCGAAGCAGAUAUGAACAAGGCAGAGGUGGGAAUUUCGUCGGUCUGGUACAGCGGGAAUCCUUGCAACAUGCAUUUACUGGAUCUGUCCAAUGUGGUGAAAAAGGGUGUCGCGGACGCAGGACUCCAGCCCAUGCAGUUCAACACGAUCGGCGUGUCAGAUGGAAUCUCGAUGGGGACGACAGGCAUGCGCUACAGCCUACAGUCAAGAGAGAUCAUCGCCGAUUCAAUCGAGACGGUCAUGCAGGGUCAGUGGUACGAUGCGAACAUCUCCAUUCCUGGGUGCGACAAGAACAUGCCUGGUGUGGUCAUGGCCAUGGGCAGAGUCAAUCGCCCGUCGAUCAUGGUGUACGGUGGCUCCAUAGCCCCUGGGUGUGCGCGGUUGCAGAAUAACGCCGACAUUGACGUUGUCUCCGCAUUCCAGGCCUACGGUCAGUUCCUCACGGGUGAAAUCAAUGAGGAGCAGCGCUUCGAUAUCAUCCGCAAUGCCAUCCCAGCUUGCGGGGCCUGCGGUGGUAUGUACACGGCCAACACCAUGGCCUCGGCUAUCGAGACCCUGGGCAUGACAUUGCCUGGGAGUGCAUCCAAUCCAGCUGUCUCUCAGGAGAAACAAUUGGAGUGUCUGGCGGCUGGAGGUGCCAUUAAGAACCUGCUCAAACUCGACCUGAAGCCGCGUGACAUCAUGACUCGCGAGGCUUUUGAAGAUGCCAUGGUUGUGGUGAUGAUCACCGGUGGUUCUACCAACGCAGUGCUGCAUCUCAUCGCCAUGGCCGAUGCGGUGGGCAUCAAGCUCACUAUCGAUGACUUUCAGGCGGUCAGUGACAGGACCCCGUUCCUCGCGGAUCUCAAGCCGAGCGGGAAAUACGUCUUCAAUGACCUACACGCCGUCGGAGGCAUUCCAACCCUAUUGAAAUUCCUGAUCAAAGAGGGCGUCGUCAAGGGCACACAUACGACUGUGACAGGCCAAACGCUGGCCAAGAACGUCGAAUCGGCCGCUGAUUUUCCCACGGAUCAAGUCAUCAUCAAGCCAUUUUCCCAGCCGAUCAAGAAGACUGGGCACAUCCAGAUUCUACGAGGCAGUCUCGCGCCGGGCGGCUCGGUGGGUAAAAUCACCGGCAAGGAAGGGCUACGCUUCGAGGGCAAAGCAAAGGUCUACGAUGCGGAAGACCUCUUCAUCCAAGCUCUCGAACGGGGCGAGAUCAAGAAGGGCGAGAAAACCGUGGUGGUCAUCCGGUACGAAGGACCCAAGGGAGGACCGGGCAUGCCAGAAAUGCUGAAGCCCAGCUCCGCCAUCAUGGGCGCCGGCUUGGGCAAAGAUGUCGCCCUGAUCACGGAUGGUCGAUUCAGCGGUGGAUCACACGGGUUUUUGAUCGGCCACAUCGUUCCCGAGGCGAUGGAAGGCGGUCCGAUCGGCCUGGUGAGGGACGGAGACCAGAUCGUGAUUGACGCAGAGACUCGAACGCUUGAUCUGGUGGUGGACGAAGCGACGCUGGAAAAGAGAAGAGAGGAAUGGAAUGCUAACAAGCCAGAGCCCCGGUACCGGAGAGGCGUUUUGGCCAAAUAUGCCAAACUGGUCAGUGACGCCAGCCACGGCUGUAUCACGGACAAGGAGGACGUGUUGGAUCUACAUGCAUGA